AACAGUGUCACAUAGGAAAACCGAUAAUUUUAUAAACACAAAAUCUUGUAAAUAAAAGCGCUAGUGAUUAUGUGUUGUUUGGGAAAAUAGAGAAAGCCACGUUAAAAGAAAAAAUCACCUUUCACAAAAUAAUUGUUUUGCUAAGCAACUGUGAAACACAACGAUUCUUAUCGUUGACUUAAAAUGUUUUGUCAGCAAAUAAAAAUAUUCUUGUUAAGUAUUGUUGCUGCGUUUCGACGUGCCCUCUGUUGUAUCCGUCGUCGAAAGCCAAGCAUUUCUCCAGAACCUAUACACCAUAAUUUUGAAAUCAUAGUUGAUUCAGGAAACGCUAUAAAACGUCCAUAUCAACAAAGCGCAGAACGUGAUUGGAAUUCAUGGGACGAUGCUCCACGUACCGUUGAAGAGCAUAUUGAGCAGUACAGACAACGUAUUGCAAAACCACCAACACCGCAGAAAGAAGAACCUGAACCAGAUUUCUUUACAGAACUUACACCAGUUAUCAAACCACAGCCUAUUUACUAUCUUGGUGAUGACAAAAAAGAAAAGACUGAUUUCUCACGUUUAGCUGCAGAUAAAACCGAUGUGCCUAUAGCAAUUAAUGCAGACUUGGAGGAUUGGGUAGAUGAAAGUAAUAGCGGAGGUUGGGAAGAAAUUGAUACUGAGCAAACUAAACAACUAAUUCGUGACACAAGACGGGAAUUGCGUUAUCAACGACAGAAAACUAAUAAACCAAAUGGAAUUGAAGCAACUAGUCCUAGCCGAGGAAUCGGCGCCCAACGAAUUGAGAGCCAAAAAGGCAGUACAUAAUAUAUAAUUGAUAUAUAUAUUUCGAAUGUAUAUUUCAUUAUUCAUUCCUUAAUUCAUGAAAUCUUAUAUUUUUCGUAUUAGAUUUAUCUGAUCUGAUUUAUUUUUUA